GUCAUCUUUAAAUACAAGACAUUCAAUGAGUGGUAAUAUUGAGGACACUAUUGAAGACAAUCGUUGACAACGGAUCCGAUGGCAGAGCUGUGCGACUGGCGUCUCAUCGAUUUCGCCGACGAUGUCGAUUGGGAUCAACUGUACGACCGGUUCAACGAUCGUCCCGAAGAGUUGGAGGCAAUGGUCGAAAGCAAAGUGGAGGAAGUGAUACAACGGGUGGUCCACGAGAUCAAAGACAUCGCCGCCACGAAUGACGAGUUCGACGCUCUCGUCAGACAACACGACAAGACAACGGAAACGACAACAGAAACUAUCGCCGAAACCAUCUAUUAUGACGACAAGUAUAUCUAUUAUUCGGAUCCAAUUCAACGGGUUAUAGACAUCGAUGAACUAAAACAACGCAUGAAUAAAGCGGUUGCCAUCAGUCAACCGGCGAAUGAGACAACAGAUCCAUUGGCUGCCAAAACACCGGACACGACUGCAGACAAGUCAACGGAUCAAUUAGUCGAGAAGACUAUAGACAAAUCGGCGGACGUGACUACCGUUGACACGAGCGUUAAGCCCGAAGAACACGAGUCUAAAGCGUCCGAAGAGACCCAAACCGAUGACAACAUUGAAAUCAUGGAGUUGUCGGUCAUAUAUGAGGGCACAUCCGCUCCCAAACGUGACACGAAGAGCGGCUUCAAGCGAUUCAUUCGCUCACAAAUAUGUAAUGAGAACCGUGUGUUCGCCGCCUCUAACGGUAUACUCACCUACGCGUGGAAACCGGCGAAAGUGACCAAAGUAUUAAACAUGUGGAACAUGUCUGUGGUCUUCGACGACAAGUCCGUCAUCGGCGGCAAUAUGUUGUCCAAUAAACUGAUCGCGUAUUCACAGCAAUCCGAUUGUGGUCUAGAAAUCGGGGAGCGAGUCGUCGCGUAUCUACAAGAAGGCAAUUACUGCCGCGAACUCUAUUCGGGAACCGUUGCGGAGCCGGCGAAGAACACAAACAAUUUCCGAUAUCUGAUAUUUUUUGACAAACACGCGUACAGUUACGUCAAACGCGAGGAUAUUUACUACAUUUAUGACAAAUCUAAUGUUGACGCCAUUUUCGCCGAGAAAGACAAAGAGGAUUACAUCGAAAUCAAAGAGUUCGCCGAUUUCUUGAUGGCUUAUAUUCGCAAUUAUCCCGAGAGACCAAUGGUUCGCCUCCAGAGGGGCGACGACCGCAUUAAAGUCCGAUUUGAUAGGCGAUGGGAAAGCGGAAGGGUUUUGGAGAUCGACUCGAGUCUAGCGCUCAUUGAGUUUUAUAAAUUGCCAAAACCUCACUCGGAAUGGAUAUAUAGAGGCUCUCGAAGACUAUAUGAUAUCUAUAAAGAGUGUCAAACGUCGACAUCCAAUGUCAGACAUCACGGCAGGUCUACCACAAGAGUGACGCGACGGUCCGAUAACCGGCCGCACGUCGAGUGGGAUAACGACGAGGAGAAAGAGAAUGAAGAGUCAGAACAGCCGACGGCCGAAGACAUUGACGACGAUAUUAUAGUUGUGCCAAAAGAAGAGGCGAAUCGUAAACGAAAAUUCAAACAAACGGCCAGAAAAUCGACGGCCAAACCCUCGGGAAGCGUGUCCUCCGCGUGCGAUCCUAUGAGACUCAUAGACAACGAACUGUUCACUCCAUCGGAAGUAUCUGUGGAACAGUUCCCAGACGUGACUCGAGUUAUACCGAGACAAUAUGCUCAACACAUGUGUUCAGCCGAUUGUGUUAAU